UGUCGGGACUGGGGGCCGCCCGUCCGGGCCCCCCCUCAGCGGCGGCGGCGGCGUUGUGGGCCCGCCGCUGUCCCUCCUCCCGGACCCGCCCGUAGGACGAUGCCCACCCGCAAGAGGGGCCGCCCCGUCGACCCCCCGCCGGAGGAGGAGCAGGCGGAGAGCCCAAGGGGCCCGGACCCGCCCCAGUGUAACGACAGCGAAGAGGACUUGUUUGGUGAUUACGACUCGUGCAAUUCCUCCUUUUUGGCUCAAGUUGACGAUUUGGAGCAAAAAUGUCUGCGGUCGCCCGGCUUCGCUCCCCGUCCUAAACGCCGCGGUGCCCAGGAGGAUCGCUUUCCGCGGAGCAUCCGAAGCGGCGAGGAUAAUCCCGUGGCCGCGGACGACUCGGCUCCUUUCCAAUCCGGCCGGGGCGGCGGUUCCCCCAGGACUCCGGCCAGGCGGGAGGACGCGGUUAUCGGACCCGAGGACGAUCUUCUGUACGAUGUGCCGUGUUCCCAGGCUUUCGAUUUUCCCGACCUCGGGCAGUCCGACGGCCGCGAUGAUCGUCCUCCGGCCUCUUCCGUCCGUCCAGCCUCGGACGGCGGCGGGGGACGCCGAGAGAAUAGCGAUUCGUCCUGUGAAAUCCCCGGGUUUGAUCUGAACAGGAGAAAAAGCCUCAGAGACCACCUGAAAAAAUCCAUGGCCCGGAACGCCAAGGCGGUGACGCCGCCGGUCUCGAGGACUAAGCAGCUGAAAGAAAUGAUCCUAUCCGAGGAGCUCUCCGUGGCCAGGGAAGCGAUGGAGUUCCCCUCCGACGACAUAGGGCCUUUCUAUUCGUUGCCCACCAAAGUGAAAGAGCUCUUUGCCCGGUUCAGAGGGAUUAAAAAAUUAUACGAGUGGCAGCAUGCCUGUUUAACAUUAAACUCUCUGCAGCGAAGGAAGAAUUUAAUAUAUUCACUACCAACCAGCGGUGGGAAAACACUUGUAGCCGAGAUUUUAAUGCUUCAGGAACUGCUCUGCAGGCAGAGAGAUGUUUUAAUGAUCCUUCCGUAUGUGGCUAUUGUCCAAGAAAAGAUUAGGGGCCUGUUAAACUUCGGAAUUGAACUGGAUUUCCUAGUUGAGGAAUACGCUGGAAGCAAAGGAAGAUUACCUCCGAUCAAGAGAAGGAAAAAAAGAUCCCUGUUUAUCGCUACUAUAGAAAAAGGUCACAGCCUGGUGAAUGCCCUGAUUGAAACAGGAAGAAUGAGUGACUUGGGCCUGGUUGUGAUAGAUGAGUUGCACAUGAUUGGGGAAGGAAGCCGUGGGGCCCUGCUGGAAAUGACCCUGGCAAAGAUCCUCUAUACCAGCAAAGCCACCCAAAUCAUCGGGAUGAGCGCGACGUUAAACAACGUUGGAGACCUUCAGCGGUUCCUGCAAGCCGAGUUUUACAGCAGUGACUUCAGACCAGUAGAAUUAAAAGAGUAUAUAAAGAUAAACGAUACAAUCUAUGAAGUUGACAACAAGGCCGAGGCGGGCUUCACUUUUUCCCGCCUACUAGGAUACAAGUAUUCUGCAAAUCAGCAAAAGAUGGAUCCUGAUCAUGUGGUGGCAUUGGCCACGGAAGUUAUUCCCAAUCAUUCCUGCCUGAUUUUCUGCCCUACUAAAAAGAACUGUGAAAACGUAGCAGAAAUGAUAUGCAAGUUCUUAAGCAAGGAGUACAUAAAGCACAGGGAAAAAGAAAAAGCUGAUGUCAUUAAAAACUUAAGGGCCGUCAAUGGUGGCAGCAUUUGUCCCGUCCUGAAGCGAACCAUUCCAUUUGGAAUCGCGUAUCACCACAGCGGCCUUACUAACGAUGAAAGGAGACAAUUAGAGGAAGCGUAUUCCACAGGAGUCAUCUGUCUUUUGACCUGUACAUCCACCCUGGCUGCCGGGGUCAACCUUCCUGCUCGAAGGGUUAUUUUGAGAGCGCCCUACAUCGCCACGGACUUCUUGAAGAAGAACCAGUAUAAACAGAUGAUUGGCAGAGCCGGUCGAGCUGGAAUCGAUACUGUCGGAGAGAGCAUUCUGAUAUUGCAAGAAAAAGAGAAACAUCUGGUACGAAGUUUAGUAAGCAGUCCACUGGAGAACUGUUACAGCAACCUCGUGAAGGAAAUCACCAGGGGAAUUCAAAGCUUACUCCUGUCUGUAGUUGGGCUGAAGAUUACAAGAAACAUUGAAGAAAUCUACCGCUUUAUGCACGGCACAUUUUUUGGUGUUCAGCAGAAGAUUCUGUCGAACGAAAAAAGCCUUUGGGAAAUAACGAGAGAAUCUCUGGAAGGCCUGAUCGAAAAGGGACUUCUCCAAGGAAAAAUCACCUGGAAAAAUGAGGAAGAAUCCCACGGUGAUUUGCACAUCACUAGGUUGGGACGGGCCUCGUUCAAAGGGGGCAUCGACUUGGCCUACUGCGAUGUUCUCUACGAAGACUUGAAGAAAGGCCUGGAAUGCCUUGUUCUGGAGAGCUGCCUUCACCUCGUCUAUCUGGUGACUCCCUAUGACAUGAUUUCUCUGUGCAACGUCGACUGGAUGAUCUAUUUCAGACAGUUUAGUCAACUCACUUCGGCAGAACAAAAUGUGGCAGCAAUUAUUGGAGUCCCUGAAAGCUAUAUAAUGAAGAAGGCCUCCGGUCAAGCCAUAAGAAAGACCGUGGAUAAGAAUAUCGUGAACAGAUUCUACCUGUCUUUUGUCCUCUACGCAUUGCUCAAAGAAACCGAUAUCUGGAAGGUAGCCGAAAAAUUCCUUUUGCCUCGAGGAUACGUUCAAAAUCUUCUUUCGGGGGCUGCUGCAUUUUCUUCGUGUGUGCUACGUUUUUGUGAGGAGCUGGAAGAGUUUUGGGUCUACAGAGCUCUGUUUGCAGAACUUACUAAAAAACUGACGUACUGCGUGAAGGCGGAGCUCAUCCCUCUCAUGGAGGUGGCAGGAGUUUUAGAGGCUCGAGCUAAACAGCUGUACAGCGCGGGGUAUAAAUCUUUGGCCCACUUAGCGAGUGCGGAUCCCGAAGCCCUGGCGAGCGCGGUCCACCGUCUGUCGAGACAGCAGGCCAGGCAGAUCGUUUCGUCGGCGAAGAUGCUGUUGCGUGAAAAAGCCGAAGCUCUGCAAGCAGAGGUGGACGACCUGUGGCGGCUCCCAGGCGACAUUCCCGACAUUCCCGACGCCUCCCGCCAGCUGCCGCCGGGUCCCUGAGCACGUCCGAGGGCGGUGCUUUUAAACGACAGACAAAGUGAAUCAAAGGAAAAACUUC